AUGCAAUCACACGGCGGCGCCAUGGCGGAGGCACUGUGGUUAUUUUUUUUCUUUGGAUUUUUCUUCUCUUGUCGUCUUUCAUGCGGUGUAUGUGCGAGAGAGUACGAGAGGGCGAUAGGCAUGGCUUCUGGACGGCUCCCGUGGCGAGGAGGACGCUCCGCGGACGUUCCGCCGCUGGACCUUGGGGGGCCGCUCAUGCUACAGUUCAUGCAGUACCUCCCGCUGGUCAUGAGGCUGCUGACGCACCUGCCAGGCUUCCUUGCCGGCUUCACCCUUGUCUGCCUCUUCUUUGCCGUCGUUGGGCGCGACGCACUUCAGAAUGAGUACGCACCGGUGGCGGGCUUUCACGUUGCGGCGCUGCUGCUGCUGCGGGAGCUUGUCGGGCCGUGGCGUGAGGGCAAAGUUCAGGCUGACUUUGUGCGGCAGCGACUGGCGGCGCAGCGCUCCUUCGCGGACGACGUGCAGCUGCAGUGGCGUGAGGCGCUGGACUGA